CUCCUCCUCCCCCCGCCCCCCGCCCCCCGCCCCCGGUCUCCGAUGGCCGACGCACCGGAGCAGCCUACGCCAGACCCACCCACACCGCCGCAGGAGGCUAUCCAAAUGCCUAAGAAAAAUAAGAAAGGCCGCAGGAAGAAGCCGAAGAAAGCCGCCGCCGCCGCUGCCGCCCCCUCCUCCUCUGGCGCCACCAUGGUCGAGGAUCCCUUCCUCGUCCUCGCCGGCGGCAAGGAAGGAGGGUUCCUGGAGCUGGAGGAGAUCGACGGGGCCGACUUCGGGAUCUUCGGGAGCUUCGUGGAGGACGUGGGAGCAAGUGAGAAGAAAGCGUGGAAUGACCAGAAGAAGAAGAAGAAGAAAAAGAAACGCAAGCGAGGGGAUGCCAAGCGCUUGGAUGGGGAUGUAGGCGGCGAUGGUGAUGGUGAUGGCGAUUGUGCAGGCGAUUUGGUAGCUGAGAGCGAGGAGGAGGGUGAGAAGGGUGAGAAUAAAAGAAAGAGGAAGAAGAGGAACAAGAAGAAGAGGAAGGUGAAGGAUAAUGAUUCAGAGAGCAAGGAGGACGUUGCUGAUGACAAUGUGGAAGAUAUGCAAGAUGACAUUGAAAAUAUGGAACAAGACAACAAAGAGGAGGUGAAAUUGGGUGAGGAUGAACUUUAUGCGUGGCUAGAGCUAAGAUUGCAUCCCCUUCUUAUCAAGGCAAUGCACAGGCUUGGGUUCAAUGAACCAACACCUAUACAGAAGGCUUGCAUUCCUGCAGGGGCUCACCAAGGCAAGGAUGUUAUUGGAGCAGCUGAGACAGGUUCUGGCAAGACACUUGCUUUUGGUCUCCCUAUUUUGCAGCGCCUUCUGGAAGAACGAGAUAAGACCACAAGAUUACAUGUAGAAGAUGAAAAAGUGGCGGAGGGAAGUUCUACAGGAGGCCCACUCAGAGCACUUAUUUUGACACCCACCAGAGAACUUGCCAAACAGGUCUGUGAUCAUCUAAAAGAAGCAGCUAAGUUCUUAGGAAUUCAUGUUGUUCCUAUCGUUGGUGGUUUAUCCAUGGAAAAGCAAGAACGACUUCUGAAAAAGAAACCUGAAAUUUUCCUCGCAAAUCAGCCAAAGUCGUUUAGCGCUUAUGUUGAGGCCAUGGACACUGAUGAUUUGCUCGUGGACAUGAAAACGCAUUUGGAGUGCAGCAAUGUCAGACCGGAGGACUACGUCAAGUUCACUUCCUUCCAGCUCAAGGACCAAGCAGCAGAUUGGUAUCAGCAGUACAAAGACUUUAGAGGUGGUCGAGUGAUUAGCUGGACCGACUUCUAUCGAGAUUUUUGA